UCUUAGUCAUUGAAUUCCUGCUUUUGAGGAAUUUCAAUGUCAUAUGAGUGUUAGAAUAACAUGUUUCAAUAUGGCGGCAGACAAGGAAUGCGAAGUAGAUAAUGUUUCAUCAAGCCCUAAUACAGGCGAAACUGGCGCUGAGGCAACGGAAAAAUCGGGAUGGUUGUUGAAAAGAACGAAGCAUUCGAAGCAAUGGGAAAAGAAAUGGUUUUCACUAAAAGAAAGAACUUUAUAUUAUGGCGACUCUCCUGAUGAUACAUCUAAAUCCUUUGUACUAGAUUCAUGUGAAAUUGCAACAUGUGAAAUAAAAUCAAAAAACUUCACAUUCUGUCUGAAGCCAAAAGACACACAGAGAAAGUAUUUCCUUUGUGCCGAAACGGAAUCAGAGCUACAAGAAUGGAUGCAAGUAUUGUAUCUUGCAAGAAGUUUAGGACAAAAGAACACACCAGGCUCGGAAGCUUGUGUCAUUCAAUGAAGAGUUGUUAAAGCAAUGAUGAUGAAGACGGUGUUUAUUAUGUAAUAUAAAGAUCUGUGUCAAAUAGAAUGUGAAUAAAAAAUAAUAUAUUUCUGGUUACUUUCAGUUUGCUGCUUAGUUAACAGGA